CACAGCGAAACAGCCACGUAAACGUACAGAGCCCUCCCCGCUAGCUUCCUCUGCUCUCUGCUCUUAUAUAGCUGCAAAACACAGACGUCCCCAUGAUGCUACACUCGUUUACCAGGGCUUCAGUGAGAUUGCCAGAGCUGUAAGAUGUCGAUGGUGUUGUUCGCCUCCGUGGUUCGGGUCGGGGACGGCCUUCCUCUCUCUGCAUCCACUGACUAUGAGCAGGACAAAGAGCUUCAGGAAACCAAGAAGCAUCUCAAAGGUCUCUCCAAGAAACUCAGCCAGUUCCCUGACCGCUGCACACUGAAGACUGGACCUUAUAAUGUCAAUUUCACUAGUGCACUGGGUGUUGGAUACCUGAUGGUGUGCACUGCAAACUAUCCCAAUGUGCUGGCCUUCUGCUUCCUGGACGAGCUACAGAAGGAGUUUAUCGUCACAUACGACCCCAAGCGAAUCAGCAAUGCUGUGCGGCCAUACUCCUUCAUUGAAUUUGACACCUUCAUCCAGAAGACCAAACAGCGCUACAACAGCCCACGUUCUCUGUCCACCAAGAUCAACCUGGCUGACAUGCAGACAGAGAUCAAGCUGCGACCGCCCUACCAGCUCUCCCCUGAGGACCUGCGGGCUAUCAAUGGAUUCUCAGUGCACACACCCUCUAAAUACAAGGGCAUAGCUCCCACGCAGAUGUUGGAGCCAGUGACUCUCCCUGGCAUAGUGUCCUGUGUGCUCAGUGUCCUCUGUGGAGGCCUGAACCUGCUGAGAGGAGUCCACGCAAUAGAGAGCAUACUACAGUUUCAGCUGUUGGUCGUAUUGGUAAUAACAAAGUUAAGCAAAUCCCUAAGAUCUGGGAAAGCGGUGACAAUGCUAAAAAGAAGCCAGCCGGGGCACGAAACAAAAGCAGACACAUCAGACAGGUUUCAAACUAGUUUCCAGAAUGACGAUGAAGACUUUAAUUACGUGAUUGCCUUCUUCCUCGGCACAGCAGCCUGUCUGUAUCAGUGCUACCUGUUUGCCUACUUCUCUGUGUGGAGGAACAGUAAGUCCUUCCUGGCGUUUGCACUCAUCUGUCUGUCCAACAUGUAUCUGUAUGAACUGAGAAACAUGUGGCAGAUCCUCUUCCAUGUGGCAGUGGGGGCCUUCAUGACUCUGCAGAUCAAACUGAGGCAACCGCUGGGAAAAGCGCCAGACUACAACGUCUGACAAAAACUUCAAACACAAAGGACUACUGGACGAUGUCUUGCACGUGCCCUGGAAAUGCAGCGGAGACGGUCCUGACCCGCCUGGGGACAAAGAAAAAAGCCCAAAUCCUUCCAGUUCAGAAAGAGAAACCAAAAAAUGUGCAGCACCACAGUAGUCCCUGUCACUUUAUCCCAGCACCAGUGCACAGUGACAGAUCUCAGUGUGGACUUGGAGGAAACAGCCACGGCCCCAAUCAUUCAUGGAGCUUAUUGGAUGGAUUUUCGGAGUUGUCUACUCUGCACCAUUGUCUGUUUAAGAUAUUUACUUUUACUCCUUUUAAAUGCAGCCAUAGUUUAGCUCAGAGUCCUGCAUAUGUGCAGUUUUUCAUAUCCAUACUCUUCCUGCACCUGUAAAGCUACAGUAAGCAUAAGAACCAACCUGUUACAGAUAACACUCAACCCCAACAAAUACAAAGGCCACACAUUCACCUUGUUUAAAGCGCUCUAGUUGUUACUAGGAAUUUAUCACACAUAUAAGAUCCCUUUCAUUACCAACAAAUUCAUGCUUUUUUAAUACCUUACUGAGUUUGUUAUAUGGGACUAGUUGUUGGUAUGCUUUACUUUGCACACCUCAGGCAUGCUGCCUAGACUCAGCAGGGUGGCCAAGAGAGCAAUGGCAUCGUUUGGGUCUAUCAAUUUUUUUGUUUUAUUUUAGAAAUUAAGUGAAACUUAUCAUAUACAGUACACCAUUUUGUAUCAACACAAACCAGCUGCACAAUAACUUUGCUGGAAUUAAAAUGCUGCCUAAAAUUAGCAUAAUUAGUAAAUAUUUAAAUCAGGACAUAUCUGGUCAUAGUGUAAGUAACCAAGAUUAAAAUGCAACACACAUCAACCAUGUCACGUAGAAUGGGUCAGCUGACAUGCAUAACUCACAACAAUGUACAAUAUAUUGAUUUGUGCGAAUGUGGUCAAAAUUUCUGCUUUUCUGGAGAGCUAUGUGAACCAACCUGUAAAAUAUGACAGUGGCGUAUUCUGAGGAGUCACUGGAUCACAGGGUUACAUAGAAAACAAUGGAUGCAGUGUAUGUUGCCCUUUAAGAGUUUGACCAGAAAUUUGAUGACAGUUGUCUGUAUUUGACAGUCUUUGAUACUCGAGCUACAGACACAUUUCUGGUUGUACUCAAUUAUUAUUGAGGUUCAAUACACAGCCCUGUUAUUUCAUUGAGUUUGGUCAACAAGCCUGCAAAGGCUAAACAGAUGUUCAACAGCAUAUAGCUGAAAUUCAACAUAUUAAUCACUGUCUUUUAAAAUUAGACUUUUAAAAACUUAAUAACUGCUUAAGGAACAUAAAAACACUGCGAGACUGUACAUCUCCCAUUCACAUCAGUUAAUUUAUGUGUUUGUGUUUUGUUUUUUUUACCUGUUAGAUGCAUUUUUUUGCACAUGUACCGGUGUGAACCUGACCCAGUGCAGGACUCUGGUUUAGGUCUUGGUUUAAAACUAUGCAAUGCUGCCUUGUGUGUGUGUGUGUGUGGCCCUCAUCCUGUAUUCAGGAGCCAUUGAUUUGCAGAUAAUUGUCAUUUUGACAGUCCAUUUUGCUAUUUAUUUACUGACUGAUUGUUCCAAGACAUGUGGUCAAUGAACAUUUAUGCAGAUUUUAUUGCUUUAAUUUGUUGUUUUAUGAUUGCUUCAAUUUUUUUAAACGCAGACUGGCGGCCUGUUGUCACAAAGUAACUCCUGCUCCAGUAGACACAAACAGCCUGUUAGCAUUCAUACCCUCCUUCCUCGCCCACGCAGCCUCAAGCAUAUGCCAGUGUCAAGUGACUAUGUUAAUAAACAGGUCUGUGUUGGCAGCAGUAAAGAUAGGUGGCUGUGUUGUGGCGGCCAGAGGCAGUCCGCAUCAUCUGAGCCGCCUCGGGGGUGCUUUUCCUCCCACCAAGCCCCUUCGGUUCAGACACGGUUGCGCCCGCCACUUUUGAAGACAGAAACUCAGUCUCUCACUCUCUGCCUUUUGUAAUGGAUAUUAGCUCAGUGUUCACAUUUAACACAAUUACAGUCAGGAGAUGCCACAUUAGGCAGUGUGAGAUUUGUUAAGGAAAUUAUGGGAAGAUUUCCUGGUCUCCUGCGCCAUCCCAACAAAUAAUAGAAAACAAAUGGAGAAGGGUAGAGAAUUGAGUCAUGCCUUUAUUGUUCAUUGUUCAUGAGUAGCUCAACAGUUGUGCCAAGAUUGUCAUAAAAACUAUUCUCUCUCUUACUGGAAGAAGUUAGAAGCAAAAAUGAAAAGGAGUACAGCCACGCAGCUCCACUCCAUGUCCAUCUGGCAUCUGCACUACAGAUCUGUCGGGGGACCACUGCAACACUUCAGCCUCGUAUGAUUCCUCACUGCGCUCUCUGGAUGUUCCCUGCUUUCCAACAGCGGUGCCACACCUACAUGACCUAAUCGCUCUUUUCACAAUAUGGCUCGGAUUCGAUUGGACCUGAAUCCAGCUUCCCUGGCUCGGAUUGUUUGUGUUCACAUUCUCCUCUUCCACAGCAGUUACAGUAAACGUGUAGUGUGGGUGUGUGUAAAAUAGGAACAGUGAAAUUCAAGGCUUUAAUACUGGUUUAUCCAAGUAUGGAAAACGAAUGUGAUCAUUUCCAGGUCAUUAAAACUUGGGAACGAACUGCUGAAAACGUAUUAUAUGUGAUAAUUCUUAACAUUUUAAUUAGUUUUAUUUCACACAAGCUUUUGAAAGUCCCUCUGUCAGGAUCAGAAUAUAGAAAAUGUUUGAAAAAAUAUUAAAUUGCGAAAGAAUGGAUUUGAUUUGAAAUGAAAACUGUGUCGGAACACUGGAUUUAAAGCAUAUUUGAGACCAGAAAUGUUUUGUCCAUUUUCUGUUGCACAUGAAGGCACAUUGAUUCAUCAUAACGUGCUCUGGUCCUCUUCAGUCAACUUGAAACAUAUCUACUCUUGUAUUAGGACUCAUUGUCUCGGAGCUCAGCUAUGGAACAUUGAACAUUAAACAAAUCUGAGACAUUA